UUUAUUUACGCUGACGCGUGUCACCCGGCAGUGAAACUGUCUCUUAUUCACAAGUGAAACACAGCAAAAGCAGGACACUCAGUAAUCCACUGUGAGAUAUCAGACAUGGGCAAAGGCGGUGGUACAUUUGAGAGACUGUUGGAUAAAGCUACCAGUCAGCUGCUGCUGGAAACAGACUGGGAGUCCAUUUUGCAGAUUUGUGACCUCAUUCGCCAAGGCGAUACACAGGCAAAAUAUGCAAUCGGUGCCAUCAAGAAGAAACUCAAUGAUAAAAAUCCACACGUAGCACUUUAUGCUCUUGAGGUUCUGGAGUCAGUGGUGAAGAACUGUGGCCAGACAAUUCAUGAUGAAGUGGCUUGUAAGCAGACAAUGGAAGAGCUGAAAGAGCUGUUUAAGAAACAACCUGAACCGAACGUGAAGAACAAGAUUCUUUAUCUGAUCCAGGCCUGGUCCCACGCCUUCCGCAACGAGCCCAAGUACAAAGUCGUCCAGGACACCUAUCAGAUCAUGAAGGUAGAAGGUCACGUCUUCCCAGAAUUCAAGGAGAGCGAUGCCAUGUUUGCAGCAGAGAGGGCCCCUGAUUGGGUUGAUGCAGAGGAAUGCCACAGAUGUAGGGUUCUGUUUGGAGUAAUGACCCGCAAGCAUCACUGCAGGGCUUGUGGGCAGAUUUUUUGUGGGAAGUGCUCUUCUAAGUACUCUACCAUUCCUAAAUUUGGCAUUGAGAAGGAGGUGCGUGUGUGUGAGCCCUGCUUCGAACUUCUCAACAACCACCCCUCCCUCUCUCCCCCUCCUAGGAAAGCUGAAGGGAAGAGUGCCAGUGCUGGGCAGUCUGAGCUCCCCCCUGAGUACCUGACCAGUCCUCUGUCCCAGCAGUCUCAGGUAGUGCCCACCGAAUCAAUGCCUCCUAAGAGAGACGAGGCGGCACUUCAGGAAGAAGAGGAGCUGCAGCUGGCCAUCGCUCUGUCUCAGAGUGAAGCUGAAGAGAAGGAGAGGAUGAAACAUAAGAACACAUACUCUGCAUACCCUAAAGCUGACCCCACACCUGUGACCUCCUCUGCCCCACCUGUCAGCACUCUCUACACCUCACCCAUGAACUCAUCAGCUCCAUCUGCUGAAGAAGUGGAUCCAGAGCUGGCUCGUUACCUGAACAGAACUUACUGGGAGAAGAAACAGGAAGAGGCUCGGAAGAGUCCCACCCCCUCUGCUCCUGCCCCCGUUUCAUUGGCUGAGCCUGUGCCAAUCAGCCAACCAGUGGAGAGCCACACCCCAGUCCAACCCAUCAACAUAGUGGAGCAGCAGUAUCAGAAUGGCGAAUCGGAGGAGAACCACGAGCAGUUCCUGAAGGUCUUGCAGAAUGCCGUCACCACCUUCCUCAACCGCAUGAAGAGCAACCACAUGCGUGGGCGCAGCAUCACCAAUGACAGUGCGGUGCUCUCUUUCUUCCAGUCCAUCAACAACAUGCACCCGCAGCUGCUCGAGAUUCUCAACCAGCUGGAUGAGAAGAGAUUGUACUAUGAGGGACUUCAGGACAAACUGGCGCAGGUGCGUGAUGCGCGGGGGGCUCUGAACGCUCUGAGAGAUGAACACAGAGAGAAACUGCGGAGGGCUGCGGAGGAGGCUGAAAGACAGAGACAAAUCCAGCUCGCCCAGAAACUGGAGAUCAUGAGGCAGAAGAAACAGGAAUACUUGGAGAUGCAGAGGCAGCUGGCCAUUCAACGUCUUCAAGAGCAGGAGAAGGAGAGACAGAUGCGUCUGGAGCAGCAGAAACACACCAUACAGAUGAGAGCACAGAUGCCUGCAUUCUCUCUGCCUUAUGCCCAGAUGCAGUCACUGCCUCCUAAUGUGACAGGAGGGGUGGUGUAUCCCCCGGCUGGUCCUCCCAGUUAUCCAGGCACGUUCAGCCCUGCUGGUUCAGUGGAAGGGUCGCCCAUGCAUGGCGUCUAUAUGAACCAGCCUGGACAAACAGGAGCUGGUGGCCCAUACCAGGCAAUGCCUGUGUCAGCUACAGAUCCCAACAUGGUGAACGCUUACAUGUACCAGACUGCAGGCACCAGCGGACAGCCUGCCGCUCCAGGACAAGCCCCUCCUACAACCACACCUGCCUAUACUAAUUACCAGCCCACACCCACACAGGGAUACCAGAAUGUGGUGUCUCAAGCUCAGAGUUUGCCCCCUAUGUCCCAGGCUGCCCCUACCAAUGGCAUGGCCUAUAUGGGUUACCAGCCAUACAACAUGCAGAAUAUGAUGACAGCUCUUCCAGGACAAGACCCCAACAUGCCUCCCCAACAGCAGUACAUGCAUGGGCAACAGCCUAUGUACCAGCAGAUGGCUCCCCCUGGUGGUCCUCAGCAGCCAUCACAACAGCAGCCACCACAGGCUCUUCCAGGCAGUGCAGAGGCUCAGCUCAUUUCGUUUGACUAAUAGCUCAUCGUAUGCCUUUGCCCCACACUACAUUCAACCUUCCCCUGCAGUUUCUGGGUGUAUUGCCCUGUACCCUCUACCUGCUCUCUCUUCACAUUGUUUCACAAUUAUUGAAAAUGUAGAAACAUUGUAAAAGCAUCUGGCUGUCUUGAGUCCCCUCUCCCUUUCCUGCCUCUUUUCAUGAAGGAGCAGCAACAGACAGUGCUGGUGGGGAGCCUUUAUCUUUCUACCAGGUGAAUCUCACAAAACCUGUCAAGAUCGUGUCCAUGUUAUAUUUCACUCCUGAUAAUCAAAAGAAAAAUAAUAGAAGUUUUAUUUUGCAUUUAAGAAUGAAGCUAUUUUGCUUUGUCAUUAUUUUCACGACUAGUAAGCACAUUUCCCCCAAAUUAUCAUUACCGUAAUGCAAAAAAAAAAAAGAAGCUCAUUCUCAUUACUGUAAUACGGAAAAAAAAUUACUUGAAUUAUAAAUGAUUUACACGGCAAGGUAACAUUUGUUGUACUGCCUUUAUUUUAUUCCAGUUGAACUGUAAUCAUUGUAUUGCAGUGUACUUUACUUUAAUGCAAUAAAAAUGACUGUUUUACAGGAAUGAGAAUCAUCAUUGAUAAUAAUGGAAAUCCUAAAAAGUCAAACGUCCAGAUGCAUUAUGGUAGUAAAAAUGUGGGGUGAAAAUGUAACUCAUGAAAAUGUCACAAUACAAAAAUCGUAAUUGUCCUGAAACUAGGCUUAAUUUUCUUUAUGUAAAAUUUAGUUUAUUUCUUUCUAUUUUGGGGUUAAAGGGCCCGGACAUGUUUUUGAGAGCUUGAUUUUCGCAUAUGUCGUUUUUUCUUAUAAAACGAAGCUGAUGUGAAGUUAGUCUGUCGUACCAUAGAAUUUAACACAAUAUGAAUCAAAAUGACAAGACCAUCCUUUGUCUCCAGUUUUUUAAGAGAUGCUUGCAGGUGUAAACUUAAUUUCAGAGGAGGCAGAUAUUGCGCGCUGAUCAAACAAAGCUGUUUUUUCUUCAGUUUAAAGGGACAGUUCACCCAAAAAUGAAAAUUCUCUCAUCAUUUACUCACCCUCAUUGCAUCCCAGAUGUGUUUGACUUUCUUUCUUCAGCAGAACACAAAUGAAGAUUUUUAGAAGAAUAUUUCAGCUCUGUAGGUCCAUACAGUGCAAGUGAAUGGAGACCAAAACUUUGAAGAUCCAAAAAGCAUAUAAAGGCAGCAUAAAAAUAAUCCAUACGACUCCAUUGGUUUAAAUCCAUAUCAUCAGAAGAGAUCUGAUAUGUGUGGGUAGAAACAGAUAAAUAUUUAAGUCCUUUUUUACUAUAAAUUCUCCUUCCUCUAUGCAAAAAGAUAUGCAAAAAGAAUGCGAUGGUGAAAGUGGAUAUUUAUAGUAAAAAGAACUUAAAUAUUGAUCUGUUUCUCACCCACACCUAUCAUAUUACUUCUGAAGACAUGGAUUUAACCACUGGAGUUUUAUGGAAUACUUUUUCUGCUAACUUUGUGCUUGUUGGAGCUUCAAAUGUCUGGUCACCAUUCACUUGCAUUGUAUGGACCUACAGAGCUGAGAUAUUCUUCUAAAAAUCUGCUUUGUGCUCGGCAAAAGAAAGAAAGUCAUACACAUCUGGGAUGGCAUGAGGGUGAGUAAAAUGAGAGAAUUACAUUUUUGGGUGAACUAUUCCUUAAAGAGACUUUUAGCACCAAUUCACUAAAAUAUUCUAAACUCAUCUGACACUCCAGUUCUGGUUUCCAUUUGACUAAUCUGUUGUAUGCAAUUAUAGUAAUGUUUCAAAUGAACUGACGUUAUGCGUUUAGGAUCUGUUUAGUGGAAUCCACGCUAGUGAUUUCUGCCAUCUGCCGUAUAAUUAUCAGCCAACGAGAUGUCAACUUUACAAUCAUAUCACCAAUUUUUUAUUUUAUUAAAUGGCCUUGCAUCCAAGUUUGCCAGUCAAACGCUCUGUAGUCGUCACAUCUGUUUGUCUUUACAGUAUCAACAUAAUUAGGGGUCCUAGCCUGACUGCUCAGAACUCUUGGCGGACUAUAUGAAAGAAUUGAUCUCAAAUUGCAUUUUCUUAACUAAUUAAUUUCAGUUGAAAAUUGAGCACCACAUCAAUAUCACACAAAAGCCAGUCCGUGUGAGAGUUAGAAGUGUUGAAUGCAUGUGGUUUUGAAUAUGGAUGGUAAUGAAGAGAGAGACUGCUUUUGGAUGAAAGUGAACACUGCAUGUUUGUAACAUACUGAUACACCUGACUUAAUAAAAUAAUCUAGUUUUAAGAUCAUAUUUAAUAAAUAUCUUGUUCUUAUAUUGGUCAUA